CACAAACACACACUUGUGCACGUGCAUGCGCGGACAUUGGACGAAAAUGAUUUACAUUACGCAAUGAUGAAUUUUGUUGGUUGAUGCUGCCAGGUGAUGGUCACCCGCUGCUACUUGGGAGUGUUUCAAGAUACAAAUUAACGGUAGAUUUUGGGCAUUGUUGUACUAAAUGCGUUCUCUACGUCAGCUAUCGUAUAAUUAUGUAUUACACAAAUUGGCUUGUUGGUGUGAAAAAUAGAGCAUGCAUUCGCAAAGCAAACAAAACGCAUAGUAUCGACUGGAAAAGCUUCAUGGACAUAUAUAACAAUACAACGUCGUACAAUCGAAAUAGAUCUGAGCUCAUUUUAAGCAAGCUUCUUUGGAAAAAAGAUUACAAGAUAAUCAAGAAAAUUGGAGAAGGGACAUUUUCAGAAGUGGUGAAGGCUCAAAGCCUGAAAGAUGGGAAAUAUUAUGCUUGUAAAACGAUGAAGCAGUCACUCAGCAGCCUGGAACAGGCCAACAACCUACGAGAAGUCCAGGCCAUGAAGAAACUGAACCCUCACCCCAACAUCAUUCAGCUGCAUGAAUUGAUAUUUGACAAAGAAUCAGGGACCCUGUCCUUGGUAUGUGAGCUGAUGGAAAUGAACAUCUAUGAGUACAUACGAGGGAGGCAACAACCUUUGCCAGAAAGUAAAAUCAGACACUACAUGUAUCAACUUUGCAAGUCACUCGAUCACAUGCAUAGCAAUGGGAUCUUCCACCGUGAUGUUAAGCCAGAGAACAUUCUAAUCAAACAUGAUGUGCUCAAACUAGGAGACUUUGGCUCGUGCAGGAGUUUGCACUCCAAGCCCCCCUACACAGAGUACAUCUCCACCCGCUGGUACAGAGCCCCAGAGUGCCUCCUCACAGAUGGCUAUUACUCACACAAGAUGGACAUGUGGAGUGUAGGAUGUGUUUUCUACGAGAUCAUCAGUCUCAGCCCUCUGUUUCCGGGUACCAACGAGUUGGAUCAGGUGACCAAGAUCCAUGAUGUUUUGGGUACACCUGACAGCAGUCUUCUUCAAAAAUUCAGACAGUCUAGGGCGAUUAGUUUUGACUUCCCUCCACGGAAGGGCAGUGGGAUCUCCCGGCUCAUCCCAAACUGUUCUGCGCCCAGUCUGUCAUUGCUCUACCAGAUGCUGGCCUACGACCCAGAAGAGCGCAUUGGCUCACGAGCGGCGCUACAGCACGCCUAUUUUAGAGAGCUACGGCUGUCAGAGAGGAGAGCUGAUAGUCUGCACAGGGCCAUUGGGACUGUAGAGGGAGGACAGAGCAGUGGGACCCCCAACUCUGUGGAUCACAUGUGGCGCAUGGCCAGACAGGGCAGGAGGCAUCACAACAUAAAGCAUGUUGCCGAGCCUCGGAUCAGACGCAAUAUCCAACAUUAUCCAGUGGAAUUACCAAAGCUCACUGUGGUAGUGCCUGCACCCCAGAUCACCUACCCUGUUACCACAGUGCCAGCUCUUACCAUCACUCACCGUGGGUCCCCCCUUCCAGUCAUCACGUCAAAAAAGUGCCACUUGCGGUUGGCUAAGCCAAGGGAUGAGUCCUACCGCUCUGCUUUCAAGACCUACUACAUGCCUCCUUUGGACAGGAAACGCGGUGGCUACUGAGAGCCCCAAUUCUUAAGAACCGUUGCUGUUUAACAGAACAUACCUGUAGCUACUGUACAUACUCUAAUCUGCUUUGUUUGAAAUGUUAAGACAAUAUUGUUUGAACAAAGCUAUUCAGCUUCUGUAAAGCCUGCCACUUUCUGGUGAGACAUGCAAACAGGGCUUUUGUCAAAGGAAUAUCACAUAGCAAUAAUUACCAGGGUUAAUUUGUACAAGUCAUAAUUCCUGCAGAUGAAAUAUAACAUGAUCCCCAAAGUAUAUUUGACUCUGUCAUCAGUGUUAGCCUAAUGAGAUAUUGCCUAUUAACCAUUAAUUACCCAGCCAUUUCAUAACUAAAUUAGGUGUCAUGUUAACAGCUGUUGAUAAGUUUGCUCAAAAUGUAGCUAAUGACUACUCGCAUGCAACACAGAAAUUCAAGGAUGAGCUCUGAUAUAGUUAAUGAAGUCAUGAAAGAGCCAGCAUUAGUUCGUUGAUUCAGCACAGUGUAGUGUAUGCUAGUGCUUGAUAAAAUUAGAUUUUGGGAAAUUCACUUUUUUGCUCACAGAGCAUAUCUUUAUAAUAAAAUCAAAAGUUGCAGAUUUCCUAGUGACUUCCAAAGCAAGUGUCAUGUGCAUGACAAUAAUUACAAAAGAAACUCUUUAAACUCUCAGAAUGUGCAUUGGUACCACCCCUUUUACAAAAGAUCUGUAGAAUAUACUACUGCAUUGCCAAAGGAGUAUAAAAUUUAACUAUUUUGUAACA